UGCGCAGCGCCGGAGGGGCACGGGCCGGGACCCCCCGGGCCAGCGCGUGCGCGGACCGAGCACUGGGAGGUGGGCGGGCGCAGGGAUGAGGCUCCGGGUGCUGUUGGCCCGCUGAGGAGACCCGGAGGCAAGAGGAGCGCGGACCGACUUCGCCCGGCCGGGCCAUGGCGUUCCUGGCCGGGCCGCGCCUGCUGGACUGGGCCAGCUCGCCGCCGCACCUGCAGUUCAACAAGUUCGUGCUCACCGGCUACCGGCCGGCCAGCAGCAGCUCAGGCUGCCUGCGUAGCCUCUUCUACAUGCACAACGAGCUGGGCAACAUCUACACGCACGGGCUGGCCCUGCUGGGCUUCCUGGUGCUGCUGCCCAUGACCUUGCCCUGGGGUCAGCUGGGCAAGGAUGGCUGGCUGUGGGGCACACACUGUGUAGCCUGCCUGGCACCCCCUGCAGGCUCUGUGCUCUAUCACCUCUUCAUGUGCCACAAAGGGGGCAGCCUUGUGUACACUCGGCUCCUUGCCCUGGAUAUGUGUGGGGUCUGCCUCGUCAACACCCUCGGGGCCCUGCCCAUCAUCCACUGCACCCUGGCCUGCAGGCCCUGGCUGCGCCCAGCUGCCCUGGUGGCCUACACCGUGUUGUCGGGUGUGGCAGGCUGGCGGGCCCUCACCGCCCCCUCCACCAGUACCCGGCUCCGCGCUUUUGGCUGGCAGGCUGGCGCCCGCCUCCUCGUGUUUGGGGCCCGGGGAGUGGGGCUGGGCUCUGGGGCUCCAGGCUCCCUGCGCUGCUACCUGCGCAUGGAUGCACUGGCACUGCUUGGGGGGCUGGUGAACGUGGCCCGCCUGCCGGAGCGCUGGGGACCAGGCCGCUUCGACUACUGGGGUAACUCACACCAGAUCAUGCACCUGCUCAGCGUGGGCUCCAUCCUCCAGCUGCACGCUGGCGUCGUGCCUGACCUGCUCUGGGCUGCCCGGCACAUCUGCCCCCCGGACUGAGCCACCUCCCGCCCGCCAUGCCGGCCUGCCCUAGUCUUCUAGGGCCAACAGCACCAUGCUGGCUCCCUGGAUGCUUCCAGCAAAUGGGACCUCCUAGCGGGGAGCCCUCGUCUGUUCAUCCAUUCUUCCCUGUGGACUAGCCUCUUUUACUCACACGUUGGAGCUCCACUUCCCCUUCCUGCCUUCUUCCAUGGGACUUAUAGGCUGAAAGGAAACCUUCCCUUCUCUGGGCCUGUUUUUACCCUCUGGGACCUGUGAGGUUUGGGCCAAAGGGACAGUUGGGAUCCUGCCAGCCCAGAGCCAUCACCCACCCUGACCCUCACAUAAGGCACCUCACAGCUGCCUAGCCCAGCCUCCUGCCCUCUGUCUGUCCACCCUGCAUGCCGGCCCUCCCAGCAGCCCGUUCUCCCUGCUGUCCAGAGACUGUGGAAUGAGGGGUCUGGACAACAGGACUAGCCUCUUAUCCCAGGACCUAGGGGCAGGAGGGUGGUGGCUGCUGCUUUUUCCAGGCAACUGGCACAGAGAUGUAAAGAGCUGAAUGGCCCUGGACCCAGGCCCCACUGGGCUGAGGGCACCCUCCACCUUGAGUGCUCUGACAGCUCGACUUGCCCAGCAGGGACGUGCCUGCUCAGGAAAUCUUUGCUUCACACAGUGGGUGGCUCCCAGCUACAGUCUGCCAGCCUGGGGCUUGGGGCCUUGCAGCAGAGCUCAGCCUUGGCCCGUCCCAGGGGCCUCAGACCCUGGGCAACGUCAAUAAGUGCCGUGUUGCCGCGCAAGCAAGCUUGGGUACUCCCAAGAUUCAAAUACCUUUUAUUAGACACGGCCAGGCAGAAGGGACCACUGGAGUUUCCAGAGGGACCCCAGCCUCCAGGAGGAUGGAGGGAAGGGGCUAAGAGGUUAAAAGUGCUGAGCCCGGGCCCGUGGGCUCAGGUUGGGCCCAGUGAGUCCUCAAACAGGCUGAGGAGGUUCCGGGGCUCAAAGGAGGGGAAGGUGCCCUGUGGGGGCUCUGAGUCAAUGUCACUUAGGUCCAGAGAAUCCCUAGGGGGAGAGAAGAAAGGAGAGCAAUGACUCUCAGGAUCCGAAAGCUGCCCCCUCCCACCCCCUGGGACCCUGGGCCUGCUCACCUCAGCGUGUACCUGCCCCGGGGGGCAGGGGAGCCACUGCAGGGGGUGGAGGUGCUCCCGGCAGCCCUGGCCAGGAUGGCCUCUGGAGAGAGCGAGGGCCUGCGGGGGGUGGGCAAGACAAGCAGGGUGUCGAGGGGCAGGGAGGAGGCCACGGCUGGGUGGGAGCAGCAACACCGAUCCUGACCCUGUGUGGGCUCCGGGCUGCUGCCUGGCACAGGCAGGGGCCAUUCUCAGACAACGGGCACUGGUGGACGUUGAAAGAGCACUCUGACAAUUUCUAAAGUCUACCUGACCACACUCAAAGGCCACCUCUGUCCCUUUUCAGAACACAUGGGCUCUGACUGAGCUGACUUUGAAAUGACCUUGUAACUGAAGCUCAUCUGGCACUUUGUCUGCUAUAAAGCGCCCCCAUGGCAAUGGGGUGACAUUCUCGUAAGGAAGGGGUUAAUGGCGUGAUUCCUUCUGAGAACUGUCUGCCCUGAGCUUGUGGUUUCCUUUGCAGUAGUUUCUUAAUUACAGCCUCUCACUUGGCCACCAGGCACGUGGGACUAAGGAAUUCCUCCCAGGGCAGGAGCUCACCAGGCUCUGGGGGUUUUGCGCCCUGAGAGGAAGGAUAACGCCUUGCCCUUGGGUACUGGCAGCCUCUGGGGGGGUGGGGGCUGCACCGCCUGCCUUUCCCAGCAGGUGCUGUGGCCCCUGUGCUGCUCCCCAGCAUGGCAGCACCCUCACUGUGAGGUUGCCAGUUCGCCCUGCUCCGUACGGCUCCUGGUCCACACACUGAGAUUAGAAGAAACAACUGCAUUCAAACUAGGCCAGGCCGCACCCACACCAGCCUUGGUUUCCUUCCCGGGGUUUGAUGGGGGCCAGGUUUGUGGGAGAGAUGCCGGUUCACUACUAAUUCCCAUGGGGCUGGGGCCUGGGCCUCGGGCGUGGGGUUUGGCCAUGCUGACGGCCCGUCUCCCCCCACCCCCAGCCGCCUGCCCAGAGUCCUCACCCACCCUAUGCUGUCGUCAUCCCAGUUGCUGGCGAGGCUGCUGUCCAGGAGGAGGCUGCAGGGCGGCGAGCCAGGCGGGGUGGCCGGCGGACCCAGGGGCUGCAGCCAGCUGGCAGGGUGUGCCAACCCGUGCCAGAGCCAGCACAGCAGGGAAAGCAGGGCCUGUGGGGACAGGGGGCCGAGGGAGGCUAGGUAGACCCUGGGCCAGGGAACAGAGCAGGGCCACCCAUCACCUUCCCUGGCUUACCUGCCACAGGGCCCACCCUCGACUGAGGGCCUCGGCAGCCAUGUACCACAGGACGGUCCAGGGCCGCGGCUGCCUGAGCAUGGGCAGGGCCAGCAGGGCCUCGGCUGUGGCCCGCAGCUUGGGGUCAGGUUCCAGCAUCAUGGUGAGGACAGAACGCAGCUCAGAAGACAGGCCUGUCCCCGGGGCAGGGCCACAUCAGGGGUGAUGGGGCCUUGAGCCUGGCAGUCCCUUGCCACCAGCCACCCCCCCAUGAGAGCCUGCCCUCCCUGUGGCAGUCCAUCCCCUCCAAUCCUCUCCCCCCACUCACCAGCAGUGAACUCAGCGGGCAGGUAGCCCUGGCGCAGCUGCUGCCAGCCCUCCCCACCAUGGGGCAGCUCCAUGUUGCACGCCACCUCCAGGAUGGUGAGACCCAGACUGGGAGGGACAGGGACAGAAGAGGGGCAGGGUUGACCUCGAGACACAGAACCCAGAGCCCCAGGCUACCCCCAAGAAGAGGGGUAGGAAAGGGAUGCUAUCUUCCACCAUGAGCCAGGGAGGCGGGGAAGGAGGGGCUGGGGGCCCUGAGAAGGUCUCGGCAGGGCUGAUGAUGGGGACGACAUCAUGGAGCACAGACCCCGGGCCCAGCGUAGCCCACACACCACCUACCCCCCGCCCCCCGCCCCCACAGGACUGGCACUCUGGUCGCUGUUGUUAACAGUGAUGUUCUCAUCAUCCUGUUGAUGUGACUGGAUGCUACUGACAGAAGCAGAGCAGUGGUGACCAGCAUGGACCUUGGAACCCAGCGCCUGGUCCAGGCCCAGCCUCACCACCUGCUCACUGUGGACUUGGGGAAAAGUGCCUUAACCUGCUGUGCCCGAUUCCCCUGUAAAUGGAGUAAUAAUAGUCCCUCCCUUGGAAGUGUGGUGAGGAGAUGAGUGAAGAGACAAGUGAAUCAGGUAAAGUGGCUCCAGAGGGUUCUCUGAUUAGACAGCUUAACUCUCCAGACCCCUCUCAACUAGAGGGCGGGACCCCCAUCCCCUUGGGGCAGCGUCUCCCAGCAAGUCUUCCUGACUUUGGGCUAGGAUGGUGACCCUCUGCUGACCACUCCCCCGCCCACCAGGAAGAGCCUCCCACGUUGAGCCCUACCUGAACACAUCUGCCGCUGUCCCAUAAGAGCCUUGAAGCAGCUCGGGGGCCAUGUAGCGAGGGUCUCCCUCCUGGGCCUCGCUAGCUCCGGAUGCACCCAGCUCCACCAGCAGCCCAAAGUCACCCAGCUUGCAGCGGUCCCGGGGCCCCAGGAAGAUAUUGGCGGGCUUGACGUCAAGGUGGACCAGGCCUUGGCUGUGCAGGUGGGCCAGGGCCAGCAGGGUGUCCCGCAGGUAGCCCCAGACCUGGGCCUCGGGCAGGCUGGCGCCCCAGGCCUCACAGUGCUGCUGUAGGCUGGGCCCACACAGCUCUGUCUGCAGGUAUAGGAUGCCGCCCUCCUCCCAGGCUUGCUCCAGCCGCACACAGCACGGGUGAUGCCCCACCUUCUCAUGGCCGCCGACCUCGGCCAGCUUGCGGGCCCGGUCCUUGGGGCCCCGGAAAGGCGACAUGCAGCGCUUCACGGCAUAGAGCCGGCCGUCUUCCUUGGAGCGCACCUGGAAGCGAGGGGGCACAACCACUCAGGAGGACAACCCAGAAGAUUCUGUUAAGAUUUCACAUGUGCAGAAGGUAUGGCAUGGCAGCUACCUUAGAGUGACCCCCACGUGUGCAAGAGCAAAGCUGGACAAACCUCCACCCCAGGUGCUGGUUUGCUGGAGACCCAGCGACAGAAGAGACAGGGCAGACCUCUAAGUACAGGCCCAGGAGGAUGCGUUAAGUAAAAAAGCUGCCUACAGAACAGCACGGGCAGUGUGGUCUGCCGUGCGGCAUAUGAGAUGGGUUUGUUUCUAUCGGGUCAACUCCAGAGAAGUACAGAGAGAAGUCUGGAAGGAAGAAUGCCCACCUGAGAAUCACCGUGGUUUCCCCUGACCUAGGGGCCUCUGUACUUUUUAACAAAAUUGUCUUCAUGUAGUACUUGUGUAAGGAAAACUACCAUUUUAGAGGAGAUAU